AUGAUUCCUCUGGUCUCUCUCUCUAUGGGCUCCCUCUCCCUCUCGAGUGACUCUCUUGUCUUUAGUUGUCUGGACGUUCUGGACGGCCGCAGAGCUCCCUUCCCUCCGCUCCGUCUCAGUGCAGAAACCCGGGACACAGACACACAGGCGCCCUCUAGUGGAGACUCCUCUCCUCUGCCCAGCAGCCCUGAGCAUGGCAGCCCCUGCUCGGAGGACACGGACAAAGACGGUGUGUGCUGCUCUCCUCUGCCAAAGUUCGCCACGUCUCCCAAACCCAACAACAGCUACAUGUUCAAACGGGAGCCUCCUGAGGGAUGCGAGAGAGUCAAGGUCUUUGAUGAGCUCGGAUCUGGUCAGUCAAAAGGUUUCCCCCUCUUCUCCUGCCCGGACAAAAACAAGGUUAACUUCAUCCCUCGCGGCUCGGCCUUCUGCCCAGUCAAACUGCUCUGCACGUCCUUCCUCUCCCCGGUCCCCCCUCCCUGUGGAGACCCAAAGACCGCCGCAGACCCGGACAGCUGCUCCGAAAGCGACUCAGGUCAAAGUUGUGCCUCUAUCACUCUGCCUUCUUCACCUCAAGUGCAUUCGUCUGCAGAGUUCAACACAAACGGAGGCGGCUGUUCAGGAGAUGGCAAAAAAACGUGA